UUCAUUACCAGUAUAGAGAUAUGUAUGUCUGUCAAGUUUUGCCAGAUUAAUUUUUAGCAGUUUUCAUUUUAAUCAAAAAGUAGAGGCUCAGCACAUAUUUAAUCUUAUCACAAUGGAUGCACCCUGACCUAGGAAACUAUCGCAACUGUCCACUGUGAAUAUUCAUUCUACAAUAUUUCGUGCUCUCAAUACAUUGUACAGCUUUAUCUUAUUGUGCGUGGAAUCUUAAUUCAAACUGUAGAAUUUCAAUCAGAUAUGCUGAUAAUGUAAAGUACCAUGCCUAAUGUACAACAAGAGAUUCUUGAAGUCAAUAUAUACUAUUUUGAAGAUUCAAUCCAAGAAGUCCAUAAAAAGUGUCUAGGAAAGACACACUACAAUUCUGAUAACAAUAUGAUUGUCAACUGGACCUUAAUUAUCAGCCUACAACUCCUUAGUGCAAUUAAGAUGGCUGCGUCCCGCUCUCCUCGUUUUCGCAUUGUGGGAGGAAAGAUCAUUUCUAUAGAAAAAGCACCCUGGCAGGUUUCAUUACAAGUGGAUGAGAGUCAUAUUUGUGGCGGUUCUAUUUUGAGCCCUUCUGUAAUUGUAACUGCGGCACAUUGCACGAAAAUGUUUAGUGCCGAAGACUUUCAAAUUCGGGCAGGAUCCAAUUAUUGGAACAGUGGAGGACAGGUCGUUCAAGUAAAAAAAGUGACGGAGCAUCCGAUGUUCAAUGCCGCUACUUAUGAAAACGACGUCGCCAUUUUGCAUUUGAGAGCGAAACUUAAACUUGAUCACUUCAAGAAUUCGAUUCAUCUGGCAAGUAAUGAACCACAGGAAGGAGAUUCUGUGUCUGUUUCAGGUUGGGGCGCUACGCACGAAAACAGUACAAAUCGUUCACCUGUUUUGCUACAUACGAAUCUGAUAAUAAUUAGUCGCCAGUCUUGCAGCGCAUCCGGAUAUGCUCAGAAAAUGAGAGGAAUUACAAGCGGCAUGAUCUGUACUUUGGGCAAUAAUAAAGAUGCUUGUCAAGGAGAUUCUGGCGGCCCAUUGGUGGAAGAUGGAAAACUAGUUGGUAUUGUCUCAUGGGGCAUCGGAUGCGCUAGAAAGGACUAUCCAGGAGUUUAUACUAAUGUGGCGCACUACCGAAAUUGGAUAUUAUCAAAUAAGAACAAUUAAUAUAGCUCUAGUCUGGGGUGCCCGACUAGAAUAUCAGCUAACCGAAUGAGCUGGUGCUUUAAGUAUAUGCAUUUAUGUGAUUAGGAAUGCAAAAAAGAAAAAAAAAAGACUUAAAUAUGUUUUCGACAAAAAUUCCCGUGGCAUUCGAAAUCGCACAAUAGUCGAAUAGCCUAGUCAAAAAUAAAAGAGAUAACCAAGAAAUUCUAAAAUCUAA